CCGCGCCAUUUGAACAGGAGACGAAAUGAAUAUAACGAUACAUGAGCCAUCCUAAGCUAGAUUACCUUCGACAAUUUGUGAAACCCAAUGACCCAAAGGAGGAAUAUAAGAUACUCGCUCCAAUCGGUAGUGGGACCUACGGAGAUGUCUUCAAGGCGGUUCAUCGUGAGAGGCGGACAUUGGUGGCGGUUAAAGUUAUGAAGAUUGAUCUAAAGGAUGACAUUCGAUCAAUUUGCCAAGAAAUACACACCUUGAGAGAAUGUCGGCAUCCAAAUAUUGUGCAGUUUUACGGUAGUUAUCUUAGGAAUAACAAAUUAUGGAUAUGCAUGGAAUAUUGCGGUGGACAAUCUAUGCAAGAUAUUUAUCUCUAUACCAGGCGUCCCUUAGAAGAAGACUGCAUUGCAUUUGUCUCCAGAGAAACUUUACAAGGUUUGAAUUUUAUGCACAAUCGUGGACGUAUUCAUAGAGAUAUUAAAGGUGCUAAUAUUCUUCUGACAGAUGACGGUCAUGUGAAAGUGGCGGAUUUUGGUGUUGCCGCCCAACUGAAUACUUCAAUUGCCAAACGAACAACUUUAAUUGGAACACCCUACUGGAUGGCGCCUGAGGUAGCUUCAAUUGAAUCUCGUGGCUCGGGUUAUGAUGGAAAGUGUGAUAUUUGGGGUGUUGGGAUUACUGCUAUUGAAUAUGCUGAACUGCAACCUCCAAUGUUUGAUCUAGACCCUAGGAAAGCACUACAAAUUCUGGGUUCGCGAAACUACAAGCCCCCUUCUUUACAAGACCGUCAUAAAUGGUCACCAUUAUUUCAUUCGUUUAUUAAAUGUUGUUUAAUCAAAGCAGAACGACGAAGACCUGAUGCAGCUACAAUGCUUACACAUAACUUUGUUACAAAUCCACACUUGUCUACUUUAUUAACUCAACGUCUGCUGUGCUAUCGGAGACAAUUAGAAUCCUCAGUCAAAAAUACUUAUUCCCAUGGAGACACAGGAAUAUCUUCAUCAAAUAAAAAGGAUCCUCCAUCCGGGGGUAAUUUUAUUCCUCCUGAUAAUCAUGAACCACCAGUAUCCUUUCCUGGUAUGCCUAUUUCAGUUCGACAGGAAGAAUAUUUCAAAUCUCUUCGAGUCAACGAUCUCCCAGUUAGUCAUGGAAUUGAUGCUAGUGUUCCUGUGCAUUUUGUCCCAUCACAGCAACUCAUUAUUGAACGAGAACCGGAACGAUUCCCAAGUGUACAAAUCCAAAGCAGUUUAUCUUGCUCUGAUUUAGCCGAUCUUAGCUAUAAUAGUGAUUUGCUUAGUGAGGUAAUGGAUGCAUUUGAAAAACGUCGUAGUGGUGUUGAUUUUCGUGCAUCUCAAUCCAUUGAUGGUUUCGAUGUUAGUCGGAUAGAUAAUAAGAUCAAAUUGAAUAAUGAAUCACAAAAUGAUACUUCAAUAAUACAACCGAACAUUCCUCUAGCGCCACGCUCUCGUUCGAAACGACGCGCUCCUCCACCACCACCAUUACAGCCAUCAUCUACAGCAUUGAACGUUAUUACAACAAAUAACACUACUUCUACUACUAAUAAUAAUAAUAAUAUGUGUUCAUCAUUAGAUCAAAUAAUAAAUUUGUCUACUUUGGAUAUUGGCAGUAAUAUUUCAAAAACCGACAAGUUAUACAUCAAUGGUAUCUCUGCUCCAUCACAUGAAAAUCAUGUUGAAGAGACAUCAAAUGAUAUAACAUUAAAUUAUAAUAUUAAAAUAAUUCGAGAGGAUUCUAUGAGCAAUAAUGAAAAUGAUAAUGAUGAUAAUGGUAAUGAGACUGGAAAAUACAAUAGUUCUGUUAGUAUAAAUCAUAAUGGUCAAUUAUCCUCUUCUAUAAAUGAUAAUGAUAAAACAUUAACACCAGCUCCACCCAGACCUCCACCGCCUAAAUUAAAUAAUAAUCAUACUGGUGUAACUUCUUUGCCAACACCUCUUCGAAAUAGUAAACAAAAUGACGACUCAUCAAAGCAUAUUUCACGUCAACAUCAAUUAGAAAUGGGUAUUGGUCUUCCUCCUACUCCAAAAGUUCAUAUGGGUGCUUGUUUUAUGCAAAUAUUUGAAGGUUGUCCAUUAAAAGUGAACUCAACUGCUACAUGGGUAAAUCCAGAAACUUUAAGUCAAAUUAUUCUGUUUGGCACGAACGAUGGUAUUUAUUAUCUUGAUUUAGUCAAUUUAGCUGAUGGUACAUUAGAGUUGCUUGUUCCAAGACGAUGUCUUUGGUUAUUUGUAUUCAAAGAUACAAUGAUGUCAAUAUCAGGUCAACAUCCUCAAUUAUUUAGUCAUAAUUUAAUUUCAUUGAUGAAAAGUCGAACAUCACAAACACGAUUUCUUCAUAAGCGUUUUCAACCAACUGUCAAAGUUCCAGACACACGGGGUUGUUACAUUGCAACUGUAGUACGUAAUCAAUUCAAAGGGAUGAAAUAUUUAUGUGGUGCUAUUGAUAAAAGUAUCCUUGUUAUGGAAUGGUAUAAUCCAAGGAAUACUUUUAUUGAAGUGAAACGUGUUGAAGUACCAUGUAUGCCUAAUCCAUUGCUUAAUUUCGAUUUAAUAAUUAAUCCAAAUCAAACUUUGCCUACAGUAUGCUUAGGUGUAUCAUCUACCCCAGAUCCACUUGUCUAUAAAUUGCAUCUUGUAAAUUUAAAUGAAAAUUCAAAUUCAUCAUGGUAUACAAAUCCUUGCCGAUUUUGUAUUAUAUGAGAAAAAUGGUCAUCAAUGAAGUGUUUUUUGUCAACCACUCGUAUUGAUGGAAAAUAUUACUGUUGGCUUGUAAUGUAUUAUAACUUUGGGUCAUUAAUAUAGGAGUUCUAAACUUGGCAUAUUAGUAAUUGGUUGGGAUUUCGUAACUUGAUUAUUACCCUGAAGAAGUCCAGACAAGUUAGCUGAACGAAACGUUGGAAUUAUUUAAAUUUCUAUCGCUGAGAUUAUUUCAAGUAUAAUUUUCAAGUAUAUGCUAUAGUAUUUCUGUUGUAUUUUCAGAGGGAGUUUUGUAUGCAUCGGGAUUUACAAUAAUUUAUUUUCAUAUGAUGAUUGCUGCUGCAAUUACCUCAAGUUAUUUAGCUUGUGUCAAUAGAUGUUGAUUUUUUCCUGUAACGCUAAUAAAAGUUCAUAUUUUCCCACAACGUUUGGUUUUUAGACUAAUUGUCACUUGACUAAUUUCCCUGUGUUUUUAAAUUCAUGUUUUGCUGCUAUAUAUACAGAGUUGUUCUAUUUUAGUUCUAUCUUCGCCAAAUUUCAAGAUUUUUCUGCACUUCUUUUUUGGAUUCCGUCGUAUGGGGAUUAUUGAUGAAGUUUUGUGUGCCACUUGUUGUAUUAUCGAGUUUGCAUUAGCUUUCGUUCGUGUUAGAACAAUUUCAAUUGUUUGCAAUAAGAAAUAACCGUAGACCCAGUUGAACCAGUCAUUUAACACAAUAUUUACAUAUACAUUGUUUGUCUAAUCGUUGAUGAUGGUCUUCGUAGUAUUAAAUCAAAUGGGUUCAAACUGUUCAUCAAUAUUGAUAGAUAUCUUUUAUUUUAUGAAGUUGUCAUUGAUAAUAAAGUAAAUGAUAACUGAGUUCUUUAAUCCGACCACAAUAAAAUAUACACACAAGAGGCUGCAUGUAAACUCUAAUAGUGAGCUUCAAAUAACCAAAAUAACAUGUUAUACCACUGUAAACUAUCAAUUCAGUCCUUAUACAUUUUUUUCCAAGAAGACCUGCUCUACCGCUCCAUCUACUUUAAUUUUGCGGGUGGCCAAUUAGUAUAAUUAACUCAUACGAGAACUACACCUCAAAGCUAAAUAUAUAUAACUAUCUUUGAUAAAUGAACUUCACAAUUGAUUGAUCACUGGGUGGUGAUCAAUGUCAUGCUUGUCUAGUCCUUAUUAGUGCAGAUCGAAUGCUAUCGGUCAUGUUGCAAUGUGGCCACCAGUCUAGGUGACUCGACACUGCGGGCACUAUAUAUUGAGAUUUAGAUGGUGGUUGGAGGUAGUCAACCUCCAACCACCAUCUAAAUAAAUGAACUUCGUCUAUUGAUGUUUUUACAUAUUUAUCGUAUUGCUACAUUCCAUUGAAAUAACUGUAUGCAUACUAUUGAUGAUGUGCAUUUGUCCACUUAUCUUGUUUUUAGUCUCAAAUUAUAUUCCCUGUAUGUUUUGUUUUGAUUUCAGUUGAAGAUCAGUUGCAAGUGAUUAAAGUUGUACAGCUUGAUACACGUUCGUUGUUAAUUUGUUUUCCCACACACGCCACAAUGGUGAAUAUGAAUGGACGUGUACUAGUUAGUAGAGAUGGGCGAAUAGCCAAGUUCCCAUUCGAUACAACAGUUGACUCUAUUGGUAAGCUUGAAUAUCAUUGUUUUGUGUAUUUUUCGAUUUUUUUCGAUUUCUUCAUAACUGUAAUUCUGUAAAUGAAAACAUAAAUAUUUCUUUGAAUGAAUAAUGUGACAUUAUUGGAUCAAGCAAACUAUCACUUUAUUCCACCUUUUAGAAGUUUUUCUGGUCAAUUUCUCUCGUCCUAAAGAACUGAUCCGGGAAGUCUAAGUAUCCAUGCAUGAAAUAGACUAGUUGUUAAAGACUUCAUGGAUUUGUAUCAUGUCUUGAUUUCGUCAUCGACAGCAAUUUUCCAAAUUAAACUCACAUUAGCUAACAUCAUAUUUCGGUUUACAUAAUGUGACAUUUGUACCACGUAACGUAUCCACUCCCACCACUGUGGGUUCAGAAAAUCUAUUAAGUAUGACAACACAGAAUGGAUAGUGCCGUUGUUUGAAAGAUUGAAAUAACCUGUCAGACACUAAACUCAUUAAGAGGUGAAUCUUUUUGAAAACGCGUUAUGAGUAUGUUCUUAUUUUCAGUUACAUAACUGAUUGAAUUUGUUAUAUAAAGCUAAUGUAGUCUCUAUUUAAGAUAUUAUUAAAACAUACUUCCUAGAGCUCUCCUUAUAGUUAAUGUUUUGAAUAACCUACAACUUUGCAUUGAUAUAGUUCAACAAAUGAAUUAUUUAUUUAGCUCAAAUCCGUCGACAAAAGUAGACAACUAUCACUUUGAAGUGUACUUUCCACUUCAAAUAUAUUCUAUUAUAUUUAAAACCAUAUGUUUAUGACAUUAAAUAACAGAAUAUUGACAAUCGGUACCUCAAAGCUUAACGGCGUUACAAUUGAUGAGCUCACAAACAUUUGCUGGUGCAUCUUGUGCUCUAAGCGUAAUCUGUUUUUAUUUUAUAAUUUUGAUGAGUUUGUACAUUUUAGUGUCAAAUCAAACACUCCAAUCUAUUCCCAUCCAUAGUUAAGAUAUUUUGACUCGUAUUUCCCCUUAUUAAAAAUUAAUAAUUAACAUCAUUUACAAAUUAUACUCAAUGUUAUUUUACGCUCUAUAUAUCUUGCUCUAGUUUGUUAUAGACAACUGAACAUUCUUGUUUCAUUGUAAUAUUUAAUUAUUGAUUAUGAACUGUUAAAUAUUCUGAAGGCACUUUUUCACUUAAUCCAUUGGUAUAUUUAAAUUUAUCAUCAUAUCUUGUUUUGUAAUAUGAUCGUAACAGUGUACAAAUUUGUUUAUGAUUUCACAGAAUUAUCCUCAAUUAAGUUGGAUGGGUUAUUAAGAGACUAGUUCAAAUCGAAGAUAGUUUUUUAUUUGUGUCAUGAAUUGAUAUUAACUGGAAAAUGAUUGUAAUCAAUUGUUCAGUGCUCUUAGUAGUAUACAACAUUUCUUCACUUGAUAUCGGUCCGUGAUGAUAACUAAAUUCAACUAAAUAGAUAAUUAUUAAAAACACUGAAUUAAUUCAUAAUUGCAGGCUUAGUUGUAAUAGGCUUUCAAAUGGAUUUUUCUAAAGUUUAAUUAAAAGUCAUAAUUAACAGUAAUUUUAAGAAUGAGGCUUUAACUCAUCAAGGACAUCAGAAGAGUAUUAUGCUAUGCUACAGAUUGAUUGAAGUUAUUAAUAUGAACUAUUCAAUUCCUAAUUAUUGGUCUAGAUAUACUGUGUACCCAACACUACCUGGAAAUGCCCACUUAUAUCUUUCACGUCAGGUUCACAGUAUCCACUAUUAAUUAGCUCGUCCUAAAUUAGAAUGAUACAGUUAGUUGACCAGCAUUUCCUAGUAGCAGUAGAUGAUGCUCCAUGUGAUAUUAAUUAUUUAUCAAAAUUACCCCAUAAAAUCCCUACAAAACCACUUUAUAAUUAUUAUGAUAAUGAAUUCAGGUUUUCUGUUACUCUGUGUUUUUUUUUGAUAGAAUCUUGUAAUGAUGAUUCGUAAACAUAUCAUUUAAUUCAAUUGUAUAUACAUUUAGACAGUAACAUUUCUGUUUAGUAUUUUUGUUGUUAAUCGACGGAGUAAUUCUUGUUCCAUACAUAAAAUUUAGUCUUUUUAUUCUUGAAAAUAUCUACAGUCACUGUUUCACAUUCAACAAAAUUAGAGGUUUGAACAAAAUGAAAUUAGUAUUUUCAACUUGAAUUAGAUGUUUACUAAAUAGUUUUAGUUGUUAAAAGAAAAGGGAUAUGUUAAAAGUAUCCUAGUUCCUACUUUUGUUAAGAACUGAUUUCCCUUUAAGAAAACAAAUUAUGUGUGAAUAAAAGACUCAUUUUAUGUGAUUCUCCAAGUUUUAUUUCAAACGCAUAUUUAUUUCAUUUUGUUUAAUAGUUCGAUUGCACGACAGUGUACUCGCUUUUCAUACACAUGGUUUGAGGGGUAUCGAUUUCUUCGGUAGGGUUACACAAGAUAUUGAUGACGAUAAACAUGUAUAUCGACUAUUAGGAAGUGACCGGUAAGCCAAUGAUUGGUAAACAUUCCUAAUUUUUUGACAUUGAUAAUAUUACUAUCCUAAUAUAUAGAGAGAAAUUCAUUUACUGACAAGCAUUUAGGAAGAUUUCAUGAUAAUAGGUAAUCCAGAAACAUUAGUUUUGAUACUGUUUGGGAGAGUUUGAAAACAGUUGUGUAGAUUUUCACCAGUUAUUUCAUUAUUCAUCUUUGCCUUUUUGGUAACUGAGCCAACCAUAUACAAUACGUCUCCUAUGAAUCGAAGCCAGUAACCAUCCCACUGUCUCAUAUUUUAUUUACUAUUACUUUUUUCAUAUUGAUUUUGUUUCUAUCCGACUAGGAACAUCGUUGUUGAGAGUAGGCCAAGUGAUAAUCCAAUGUCUAAUUCAAACCUCCUUAUUUUGGUUGGACAUGAAGACUCAUCCUGAUUCAUAAUUAUUAGUUUUAUUAUCAUUUCGAGGCAAAAUACGAAUUGUUUGCAUACCUGAAAACUGUUCAAAUAACUCAUUUAUUCUAUCCUCAAUUGAUCACAACAAAAGUAUUGAAUAUAUUAUUUCAUCGAGUUGGAAACUCCUAUUCUAUUCGUUUUUGUAAUUGACGAUUUAUGAUAUUAUCUUUGUUAUGAAUUCAGAAAACAAUACAUACUCUAUUUCUGUAUGUCUGAAGGAUGGCAAAAGUGUCUUCUGUAACGAACUGUGAACAUUGUCUACUACUUGGUUUUACCAUCAUAUUUUUUUGUUGAAACCUAAUUUAUUUCUUUACCUUUUCAUUUCUUUUUUUAAUAGAAAAUAUUUCUCCUGUUACCUAUUUCUCUGGUCAAUCAUUAUUUUAUGAAAUUUGUACAGUCUUAGUUUUAUUUGUUCAUUUCUGGUCGACAUUAUGCUCGCCCAUGAUCGGAUUUAUCUAACUAAUACGUAUGUUUUCGGAAGCUAAUAACGAACAUUGUUUCUGCAACUAAUUCUAACUUUCUUGUAAUAUCAUUUUUGAACAGUUCUGAUGACAAGACUUCCACUGACUAAUCCAUUUAUGGUUCAACUAUUAUACCGUAUCAAGUAACCUAGAAUACUAAUCGAUACUUCUUCAGUCGCCUCUGAUAACUACUUGAACGUGAAGCCUAAAUAACUUGUGAUAUGUGCAUUUUUUUUCUUCUCUAGGCACUUGAUUCUAAAUCCGUGUUACAUAGACCCGAACAUCGUUUUACACAUCAAAGCAUAAUAUCCACAUGAUAUUAGCAACAUUCAUGUAAUAGAUUCAUUUCACAGAUUAGUAUAUGAACACUUAUUUUCGUUACUCAGCUAAAUUUUUACUCAUCUUGACCUAUAUAUAAUACAAAGUGCUG